AUUCUCCAAUCUUAAAUCAAACAAAGAACCAGCAAACAAGACUCGUUUUUUGUUUAGUCCUUCUCUGCCUCUGAUAACCCAAAGUUGAACUAGUUUUUAAAUCACUCAAGCUUUACACAGAGGAGAAGGAGAGAGACAUGGCAGGCAUUGCUGGUGCAGCUUGUUCUUCUAAUGUACUCUUCGGAAGCAGAGAAGUAGGGAGCGAUGGAGCUUCUCUGGCACAGUAUAGGGGGCUUAGACCAGUUGAAAACAUGCAACUGGCUCCAACUGGGAGUAAGCCAAGUGGGUCCAUUUCUACUUCUGCUUCAAAAUCAAGAACAAUUAGAGCCAUGGUAUCUCAAACUGUUUCAGCUCCCAAGCGUGAAAAAGAUCCCAAAAAACGAGUUGUCAUUACAGGAAUGGGACUAGUCUCAGUUUUUGGUAGUGGCAUCGAUACAUUCUAUGACAAGCUGCUAGAAGGAGAGAGUGGGAUCAGCCUAAUUGAUAGGUUUGACGCUUCGAGUUUCUCUGUUCGUUUCGCUGGUCAGAUUCGUGAUUUUUCUUCCAAAGGAUACAUUGAUGGUAAAAAUGAUCGCCGUCUUGAUGAUUGCUGGAGGUACUGUCUGGUUGCUGGCAAGAGGGCCCUGGAAGAUGCCAACCUUGGCUCCGAAGUUCUUGAAAAUAUGGACAGAACAAGAAUUGGAGUGCUGGUGGGAACAGGCAUGGGAGGCUUAACCGCUUUUAGUAAUGGAGUUGAAUCUCUUGUCCAGAAGGGAUAUAAGAAAAUGUCUCCAUUCUUCAUUCCCUAUUCCAUCACCAACAUGGGUUCAGCAUUGUUAGCUAGAGAUACGGGAUUGAUGGGCCCUAAUUACUCCAUCUCAACUGCUUGUGCGACUGCAAAUUACUGCUUCUACUCGGCUGCUAAUCACAUUAGAAGAGGUGAAGCAGAUAUCAUGGUAGCUGGGGGAACAGAGGCUUCAGUCAUUCCUGCUGGUGUUGGUGGUUUUAUAGCUUGCAGAGCACUGUCUCAAAGAAAUGAAGACCCUAAGAAGGCUCCAAGGCCUUGGGACAAGGAUCGUGAUGGUUUUGUCAUGGGUGAAGGUUCUGGAGUGCUGAUAAUGGAGAGCUUAGAGCAUGCAAUGAAAAGAGGAGCUAAUAUAAUAGCAGAAUAUUUAGGAGGUGCCGUGACUUGUGAUGCUCAUCACAUGACAGAUCCCCGUUCAGAUGGCCUCGGAGUCUCAACUUGCAUAGUCAAAAGUUUGGAAGAUGCCGGAGUUUCCCCUGAGGAGGUGAACUAUGUUAAUGCCCAUGCAACAUCAACACUAGCGGGGGAUUUGGCUGAGGUUAAUGCAAUCAAGAAAGUCUUUAAGAACACUUCUGAGAUCAAGAUGAAUGGGACUAAGUCAAUGAUUGGACAUGGUCUUGGUGCUGCUGGUGCGUUAGAAGCCAUAGCAACUAUAAAAGCAAUCAACACUGGAUGGCUUCACCCAACUAUCAAUCAAGAUAAUAUUGAGCAUGAUGUUACAAUUGAUACUGUUCCCAAUGUGAAGAAGCAACAUGAAGUUAAUGUUGGUAUCUCAAAUUCAUUUGGCUUUGGAGGACACAAUUCUGUUGUCGUUUUCGCUCCCUUCACAGUCUAAUUGAAUAAAACUCAAGCCAAGCAGUUUUUCUCUCCCACCCUUGGGAAAUUUGUAAGUUUUCAGUCUUGAAAUUGCCUAUAUGGAUAUUGGGAACAUCUCUGAUUUUUUCAAUGAUGAGUACUGAAUAUAAAGUAGCCUUUUUUGUCAUUCCAUUUGCUCUAAUAACUGUAUCAUGAGAAGAGAUUCUGAGUUUUGGAAGUCAAUAACAAAACAUUCUUGUUG